AGGUCCCGCGAGGUGAGAAGGAGAACGAGAGAAUCGUGGCCGCGAAGCGGCGCGAGGCGCGGAGAAAGAGUUGAACAGUUGGGUGAGAGCGAACGUUGCAUCGACUGACCGAACGACCGUCCGCGACUACGGCAGUCACCUUUAGCGUACCGGGAGCGAGCGACAUACGCAAAAAGCCAAGUCUCGAGAGCCGUCGGACGGACCGGACGGUGAGUGCGAGUGGAGCAACCGCCGGAUAUCAAGCUCAUAAGCAAACCAAAGAGUGUCGCCGCGAUUCGCGAUUCGCGCAGUUCGGGUUCAGCCAGUUGAACGGGAUCAGUUCAGUCUAGCAGCAGACGUUCCGCGAGUCGCGCAUGCGUUCUUUCAAUCUCCUCGAAGAUAUCUGCGAAAAAUCUGUGGCGUGGUGGAGGCGAAAACGGUUCAACAGUUCAAGUGUGCCUACAGGGAAUCGUUCUAGUUGUGCAUUUUUCGGGUAUCGCAGCCCCGUCACACCGCAACCGCGCGUAUUGUUCAACAGUUCUAGACGUGUGUGUCGGAGGGUGAAGAUUUUGUGACUUUGUGACGACGAUCGGGAGAAGAGUUGUUACGUGUAUUUAGUGGAAAAGUGUCACCACUUCGCGGUCAUCUACGACGGGGUAUAGUGUGUUGCCACAAACACUUCUAGCCAGCCAGCCAGCGACGACGACACGGCCCGUACUCUCGACUCGAGAGCUGUCACAGAUAAAAAAGAAAAAUAAGCGACACACCGAGUCGCAGUCGAGAGACUUUGCAGCUUUUAUGUAACAUGUUAUCGCAAAAUAGACGAAAUCGCGGCACAACGGUGACAGGAGUUUUGGUCCAAGCGGCGGCAACCUCGGAAGCGAGGCUUUAGGAUACGCGACGCCAGCAGCCCAGGUGGGUUUUGCAAGCCCUCGGACGACAACGCGUCCACGUGCUUCGGGGUCGAGUGGAAAAAUUGCCAAGACCGAGAAUCCCUCACUGCAAGGGUGUUGGGAAUUUAAAAAAUAAAUAAACGACGACGAAGACGACGACGACGGCUUAAAAAACAAUAACAACAGCAAGAGACGAACGGAACGAGGUGAGAGAAAGUGAGCGAAGACGAGGUGUACGGAAGAGUCCUGGUUUCGGUAGUCCUGUGCACUCUGGAAGUGCAGUAGGCGGUGGACGAGUUGACAAAGAGGAGCAGCGGAGAAGGAGGAGGAGGUGGAGAAGAAGAAGGUGUGAAAACUAACAGUACCUGCUGAGCUGAGGAGGCCGUGAGCCGAGUGUGUAGAGAUUAGAAGAAGGCGGCGACGUAGACUGUACGGUGCAACCGCAAGCGCAGCGCAGAGGGAAGAAGCGAACUAGUAGUAAGAGCACCAAGAGCGCUCUCGGGAAGCUUCAGGCGAGCUGCUGCGAACGAGUGUAGCUCUGUGUGUGUAUGUGUGUAGACAUACCCAAAAGGAAGCAGUAUCCUAGCCGAGCGGUGCAUUUCAGUUUCGACCGCCGAGCGACGAAGCAGAACAUUCCGCGCAACCAACCAAGUCAAGCCGGAGAGUUGAGUAGCCGACAAUUGUGCGAAGAAUAGUCGCGUGUACAACCGCCGCCCGUAUUAGCGCAGGUCAUGAUUGACUCUGAGGUGUGAGGAUUACUCAUCUAUAUUUAUCAAAUACACAUCAUAUUAGGCCCUCAUCGAGACAGGGCUCAGCUAGUGCCGCACUUGCGGGAAUUCAGUGAUUUUUGUUCUCCUUCAAACGCAGUGCAAGUCGUGUCGCAUUCGCCGCCGGGUUGCGCACCGCCGCCUUAAAUCGUAGACGGCCUUUGCAUCGGGUGGAUUCCUCGACAGUGUGAAUCGCGUAUAAAUUUAAAUUUUUCCCACGACUACUCGAUUCGAUCGCAAGCGACUUGUGUGCGCCGCGCGCCCUGGGUUCAGUCAGUGAAGGAAGCGCGAAAAUCGCAGCAGACGGGAAAAGAAGAAAAGUGCAACCAUCACCAGCCAUCGGCCUGCUACGAUAUAAAAAUAUCUAUAUGGUGGAGAAAAAGAAGAAAAUGGAAGAACCAAAGUGUCUGCCAAGUGUCUCUAAUUAGUGUCCCACCCUUUCCUUCGAUGUUAGAAAAGUGCUUGAAGAAUUGCAUCAGCAGCAAGUGAGAACCUCCUCUAAUACUAGAAAAGUGGCUUUAGCUUAGUGUUCUAUACCGUUCUAUAUAAUUCAACUAAGAGAGAGAGAGAAAAAAGUGCGGCCUUCGACCGGAAUCGAAACAAGGAAAAAAAUAAUAUGGCCAAUCUACUCCGAAAGAUACCGCUGGCGCUGAUAGCAGCGCUGACGGUGGCCUUGCUGGCGGCGACCUUGCUGAUCACGCCGACGGAGGCCCGCCGGCACUCGCCGCUCCUCGUGGAAGACGAAGGAGCCCGCCGGAAUCGACCAGCUGAAUGUGUAUUCGGCAAAACGUUACGUGAACUAGGAUCCACAUGGUUCGCCGACUUGGGACCCCCAUUCGGCGUCAUGUACUGCAUAAAAUGUGAAUGUGUACCGGUAAGUAUCGUCGUUUUUGGAUCCCGGCUAAGUCCUAGCGCACCUAAACCACGCAAAACCAGUUCCGCAGGUCUCUCGGCCGGUGGUAUCGCCAUCUAGAUCAGCGCGACGUUA